GGUGGUGUUGCUGCUGGUAGAGUUGUCUGCGAUGUGGUCCGCUGCCCGCGUAGUAGUAGGGGCGGCAAUGACUUCGGUGGCGUUGGUCGCGUUGGCUUCCGCCUGGUAGUCCGCCACAUCAAGGGCCCCGGUAGUGGGUUCGGGAGUCACUUCUUCCAGGUCUGGUUGGUUGGACGUGGGUGCAGGAGCAGUCACAACCGGAGUAGGUGCAGGUGCGUCCGUGAUAGGCUCCGCGAUUGGAUCGUCGGCGAUGUCCACCGCGCCUUCGGGGAGGAUGCUGAACGACUCAGCGUACCCCACGACGCUCGUGACGACGCCGCCGUGCUUCUUAAUGUACUUUUGGGUCCACCCACCGCCGGCCACGCCCACGACCUUGAGCGUGCCGUUGGUCGCGCACGCCUGGGUCGUGGACUUCAGGUCGGCUAGUACCUUGAACGCGUUCGCGACGUUGUUUUCGAAGAGACCUCCGUGGAAGCGCUUUCCCGACCGGAUGGACCCGGCAACUUGGACUUGGUGGCGCUCAAUGUCGACAGAUGCCAGCGCACCACCAGCGUACUUGUCCUUGCCGCGGCUCAGCGGGACGAAGAAGCCCCCGCCACCGGCAAUCGCGUCCACGAGCAAGGCGCGGCCACACAGCACCUUGAACUCGGCGUGCGCCCCUCCAUCCAAAAACACAUACUCACGCUUGUCCACGCAGUCGUCGUCGGGGCGCCACUGGAGCGGCUCGGCCUUCUUGAUGUCCUUGGUGGCGUCCGUGGGGUGCUCGAUGAAGGACUUGAGCACCUUGAACGCCGAGUGCACGGACAGAUCGCCGCAGGAUUCACUCCACUCGGCGCCCUCGGUGUGGAGGGUGAAGGACGAGUCGAUGGAGAAGUUGAUUUCCGUGGCGUCCGAGAUCCACUGGGCCAAGCUCGUGACAAACUCGUCCGUGUCGUCGUUCAGUUUGGCGAUGUAGCCCUCCGAUGAGCCCUUGGACUUCCACUCGGUAGCACCCGAGUCAGAUGGUUCGUGGCUGGCCACCGCCAAAGCAGCCAUGAGCAAAGUCGUCACCACCUUCAUGUUCGGGGGAACUGAAUCGCAAAUGAAAAC